AUACUGUACAGGUACACAAAAUCCGUCAGUAUGAGGAUUGUGCUCUCGUCCAGGGAGGUUCCUUGAUGCUGGUGAGAGGUUCGAUCCUAGGUGUUGGGCCUAAUUUUCACUACCUUGGAUUGAGCCUGAUUGCCUCCCAGUCUCCCAGUUGUGUUGAGAAUUUGCCCAAAAGCAGGGACAACCAACACUGAGUCAUGGCCUAAAACUGUGAUAGACUGGAGGGAAUCAUGUUACUUGAGAUCAUUUGCUGAGCAUUACCAGCUACACCUGAAUCAAACUGAUGGCAAGACAAGCACCCUGGACAGUAGACAAUAUAAACAACAGAGAAGGCAGUAAUUUGUCAGAUACAGAUGAGAUGGAAGAUGAGGAAAUUGAUUCAGAUGUUACAGACAUGUCUACAGAGAUGAAUAAUGAGCAAGAGGAUGGAGAUUUUGAUGAUGACAGUGAUGUGCGGCCUUAUAGACUUCAAGCUGCUGAGCAGGAAGGUGUUAGUGAUAGGACAAGGAGCCCCAUAUUAGGAGAAAGAAGAACACAAGACAGUGAAAGAACACAUCACCAUCCAAUAAGAACUGUGGAGCAACAAGGAAUGAGACAUCAGAUAGAUGUAGUGAAUCUUGAAGAUUCAGAGGAGCUUGAAGGGCCAAAUAUGAUUAUAGAAGAGCAGCCACCUGUAAUUGCAUAUGAGCCACAAGUGUUGGAGCUACAUGAGACUCCACCAAACAAUGCACCACCACCUCCUUCACUAGAUCCCUUGCCAGAACAACAGCUCCCAGUUUCCCCAGUACCUCAAGUUGAGCACUCUCGGACUACCCAUACAGCAGAGGUGGGACAGCCACUGGAUCCUCCCAUAAUCAGAGAAUCAAACACUGAAGCAGGUCCAUCUUGUGGUGUCACUCCAAAGAAAAUUAAUCCAGUCCCUGAACAACUACCAGAUUCACCAGAUUCAGAAGAUGAAGGUCAGAUUUGUUCAAUAUGUUUUGAACCAUGGAGCAACUCUGGAGAUCACCGUUUAUCAUCUCUUAAGUGUGGACACUUGUUUGGAUAUGCAUGUAUUAUACGAUGGCUGAAGGGCCAAAAAGGCAAGUGCCCUCAGUGCAAUGCAAAGGCCACAAAGAAAGAUAUUAGAGUACUGUAUGCUAAGUCUCUCAAAGUGCUAGACACAUCAGAAAGAGACAGGAUAUUGAAAGACUUGGAAAAAGAGAAGGAGGCAAAGAGGAAGUUGGAACUUGAACAUGCCCAGACCAAACUUAAAUAUGAGCUUAAGGCACAACUAGUGGUAAAGCUUCAGGAAGAGCUAAGAGUGCUUAAGAAAGCCACAGCAGGUACUAGUGGUUCACAUGGAAUUAAUUUGUCUCAGAGUGCUGCAAGUAGUGCCCAACGAAAUGUAAAGAUGAUAAUGUAUGCUGGUAUUGAUAUAAAUAAGGAUGGUGGGUGUAGAGUAAUGGCUUAUAAUGAGUGGCUGAAUAUGCUUGUGGUAUCUAUGCCAAGCCAGGUAGCAAUGUUUCCUGGAUAUGGUGUAAAGAAAGUAAAUAUGUUAGACUUAAAGGCUGAGAGGUAUGUGCCAAUUCAUCAGAAACAAAUCAGAGAUUUGGCUUUUAAUCCAGCCAAAAAUGACUUGCUUCUUUCUGUUGCAAUGGAUAAGAUGGUGAAACUAACAAAUAUUUGCAGUAAUGCACCUGUAGGAUCAUUUACAGCAGAGGCCCCAUUAUGGAGUUGUUGCUGGAAUGCUGAUGAAGCUAAUAAAUUUUUUGUUGGUACAGCAACAGGCUGUGUAGUUCAAUAUGACACCCGCAUUACCACAGGUCCUGUUAGAACUAUAAAAGUUGCUGGCUCUGGACCUGUAGUAUCUAUGUGUUAUGUGCCAUAUAAAUCGAAUGCUAACUUCAGUAUUGGAGGAUUACUUGUAGCAAGACUCCAGUCAUGCUCUUUUGUAGAACUUAAGGAAGAAGGUAUUAAAGACCAUACAUUACCCCUUGAAGGCCCAUUCACCUGCGUGUCCCUGGAGAAAUCUACUCGGCAUAUUUUGGUAUCCUGUCGUCCAAGUCAAAAGUACCCUCAUGCAAGGCAUAUUGUUUGUGAACUUCAAAGUGUUAACAUUAGUCCUGAUGCAGCAGUGAUCAAUCAAAUUGUCACAGUAAACUUGAUCCACACUUUCCAAGGUGGAACAACUCAGAAAGUCCUUUCCCGAUCGUGUAUUUUUGUUAACCCAGUUCAGGUGGAAAAUGUUGUGGUAUGUGCAAGUGAUGAGUCCAACCAAAGCACAUGUUUGUGGGACUUAUCACUAGCUUCUUGUAUGCAGCAGCUCAGAGUGCCAGAGACAGUAAUAGAUAUACUUCCAGUGAGGAGUAAUCAAAAUGAAUAUUUAACCUUACUGACAGAUAAAUCUGCCAAAUUUUAUAAAUGGAUUGAUGUUUUAUAAUAUUUAAUUAUUGUCUUGUAAUGAGAUCUGCUGACCUAGAGUUCUGUUUCUUUAAAUGCCUUGUUAAUAAAUGUGUAAUUAUGCAGAAAUACUUAAAUGUAAAAUAUUGCCUAAAACUGCAUAAUCACCUGGCACAUAAAAUAUUGACAAAUUCUGCAUUUUCACCCUAGUUUGUGUACUAUACAACAGUAGCUUACAGUGACAGUUUGCAUCAUGUAAAUAUAUACAUAAUCGGAUAUAGUAAAUUGACUUUUUACCUAAUACAUAGCAUACUUUCUCAAUUAUAAUCUUUACUUUUAUAUUGUAAAUUUUAUAUAAAUAAAAAUACAUAGCUACUAAAGUCUAUAAUACACUUCUUCAAUGAGUUACAAAAUAUUGGAUGUAUUGAGUAAAUACAGUUAGUGAUGUUUUUGAAAGUAGAACUAUUACUGUACUGGAAAGAUCAAUCAGUCUUUUGUCUAUGAUCAUCUUUGUUUUUUUAACUUAAAACAAUUUUGUUAACAGAUAUUUGCCUACAUACAAUCAAUGGGCUGCCAGAAGAACAUCGCCAAACUUGCAUUUGACUGUUGUGCAUUGUCUUCAUGACAUUUAGUUCACAGAUAUUGUCAUGGAUCUGUGUACAUCUCUCCAACAGUGUCAUAUCUACUAGUAGUUUUCAUCAGGAAAAUAUUCGGUUGCAGAGUACCCUUUCUUCUAGGCAAAUCAUAAUGAUCAUUCUUGCCAGCAAUCUCCAUCUGUCUUAACAUUCCGAGAAUCACCACUCCUAGUCUUGCAAGUCCUGUGUCUUCAAAUGGAAAUACAAAAUUAUGUUUAAAGGAAAGGUGGUGUCAUAACCAGGCUAUAACUAUAGCCACGUAUUCCCUCCGGGGGGAAUGCGAAGGGAGGGAAGGAGUGCCAAUGCUGGGGAGGGGCUCUUGAUCCAAGGAAUUUGAGCCAGUCUAUAUUUCCUUGGAUCAGACUUCAUUACCUUUGAUUUUCCAAGGUUUAGUUCAUUCCAUGAAUAAAAGUAUUCUGAUGUAGCCCCAUAGCAACACUUAUCAGGUACCUGUCUAAGAUGCCUCAACCUCUUCAAUGUUCCCAUUUUGAGUUCUUCACUAAUCCUUUUCAAUUAGUUAAUCAGUCAAAUCUACUUCCAACCAGUUUUUUCCUUCCCUAUUACUAAUUUCUUAUCCAACCCUAUUUGCUUCAUGUUAAGUGCAAUUUGCUUAAGGUUCUCUCAGUGACUGUACAUCCCUAUUUUAGCAAUGGCAAAAGAUUCUCUUCCCCACACUCAUCUUGCAUCUUCCUAGGUGUUCAAUGUUGUCCUCUGCCUCCAAGUUUGACAUAUACCCUGAGAAUAGCCAAGCAAAUGAAAUCUCAUCCAAUUUUACCUCCAUUACCUGAUCAUUCUAAUCUGCCUUUCUGAAUCAAACUUUCUCCAAACCUUGUGGGUUUAGCACUUGGUUUUAAUUAUAAUUCAACUUUCUCCCCACCUUCCCUGUAGCCACCCAACCCUUCUAAGUAGGUUCCUCGAUGCUGGUGUGGAGCUCAACCUAGAGAAACCAACUUACAUUUUCUUUGGUUGAAUUUGACUACCUUCCAUUUCCAAAGGUGCUGAACAUCACCUGCAGAUUCGGCACUACCCACGAGUGAAAUAAUGUAACAAAACCUCUUUUCUCUUCUGUACAGAUAAUUUUAGACAACAGUCUCUUAAUGACACUACCUUUAUAGGUCGUCAUUAUAAUUGAGGGGGAAGAGGUAAACCCAUAGGAUUAUACAGUGCCUAUGGAAGGUAUUCAGGUUUAAUUCAGGGAACUAGAGCACAGAUCCAAUUCCCUAGAUCAAGCCCCUCACCAGCAUAAAGGGACCUUCCUUGAGGGGUCCUUUAUAGGUCAAAGGGCUGUAUAGCCCUUGUGGCUUAGAGCUU